AUGCGGGUGCCCGAGCUUGUUGGCUCCCGCUGCUCAUCUCUGCAAGUCCCACCACCUUCACCUCCUAAACCGAUCUUCCCACCCGUGAUUGAGCUGCCACACCAGCAGAACACACGCUCACCCUCGCUGCGCUUCUCGUACGACGCUGCUGCUGCCGCCGCUGCCUCCAAGGUGGGCCCAUUCUUGCACCCACUCUCGCUGCACGUUCACACACCCUGCGAGGAGUGCUUCGCGCUGCUCGCCAUGAGCAGGCUCUACCCGUUUCGCCUGCCCUCGCUAGUGCUGACACCAGCAUUGCAGCUGUGCAGACUGCUCACUCAGCUUCCCUGA